CGAAUCCCGGUCACGUGCUUUUGUUUGUACUGGACGCGAAAUGCAGCCGAAAUAUGAUUAGUCUCAACUGCGGUUGAAUACGUUUUAAUCGUUAGUCUUGUGGCGCGCAGAGCCGAGGGGUCAUGCGCUCGGUCAGUUACGUGCAGCGCGUGAGUUUGGACUUCACAGGAACUAUCUUUCCUCACGCCAUCUGUCUUGGAGAUGCAGAUAACGACUCCUUGAAUGAGCUGGUGGUGGGAGACAGCAGUGGCAAGCUGUACGUUUAUAAAAGUGAUGACUGUAAGCCCUGGGUCACGCGGACAUGUGUGGGCAUGUUAACAUGCGUAGGAGUGGGGGAUGUGUGCAACAAAGGAAGGAACAUCGUCGUGGCUGUGGGAGCGGAGGGCUGGUUUCAUCUGUUUGAUAUCAGCGCGGCUGCAGCCAAGUCGGACUCCUCGAGUCAGCAGGACGGUUCGAUCGGGGACGAGCAGAAGCCCACUUACACCCAGCACAUCCCCGCUAACACCAAAGUGAUGCUCAUCAGUGAUAUCGACGGAGACGGGCGCUGUGAGCUUGUGGUUGGCUACACGGACCGGGUGGUGCGGGCCUUCAGAUGGGAGGAACCCUCCGAUGCAUCGGAUUUGAGCUCCGGUCAGCUGGUCUUGCUGAAGAAAUGGCUUCUGGAGGGUCAGGUCGACAGCCUCUCGGUUAACCCCAGUCCGGAAGGUCUGCCUGAACUAAUGGUGUCUCAGCCCGGCUGUGGCUACGCCAUCCUCACGUGUUCUUGGACACAAGAGGGCGCUGCGGGGCCUGGGGAAGAUCACGCAGCAACUCCUAGCAGGGAGGGCUCUUCCAGAGACGUCGUCCUGCAUCUUACCACGGGACGCAUCCAUAACAAGAACGUGUCCACUCAUUUGAUAGGCAGCAUUCGCAGAGGUUCUAAGGAUGAUUCGUCUAAAGGUGGCUUGUUUGCUCUCUGUACUCUGGACGGAACGCUGAAGCUCAUGGACAGCUCUGAGAGGCUCUUGUGGUCCGUGCAGGUGGAUCACCAGCUUUUUGCCCUCCAGAAGCUGGAUGUCACCGGUGACGGGAGAGAGGAAGUGGUGGCCUGUGCCUGGGACGGCCAGACGUACAUCAUCGAUCACGCACGUGUGGUGGUCCGUUUCCAGUUUGAUGAAAACGUGAACGCAUUCUGCGCCGGCCAGUAUGCAUGUAAAGACGGGAGGAACAGCCCCUGCCUGGUCUACGUGAGCUUUAACCAUAAGAUCUACGUGUACUGGAGGGUGGAGCUGGAGAGGAUGGAGCCCACCAACCUGCUGAGUGUGCUGGAAGAGAGACCCGAGUAUCCAGACCUGCUUCACAGACUGGGAGUGGGUGAGUGGACGUCUGUCCGUGUGUGUGAUCGUUUGCGGAGCUCAGCGUUGCUCACAAUCGCCAUCUGGGGGAACCGGGGAAAGAGAAGGCACGUAUAAGCGAAAUCAAGUUUCAGAAUACAUCUAUAACUGUAAGCACACAUCCACGAAGCGCACGCCAAUCCAUUGUGAUGAAACACUCGCAUUUUAGCGUUGAAACUAUGACCGAUUACGGUUAAGACCGAUAGCAUUACGAAUCAAUGCUCAUUUAGCUUUGAACACUAAUCUAGAACUGUACUGAGUAAAAUGACAUGCUGGCAUACAGAAAGAUCUCCGGGAUAAAAAUAGCCCUGCGCCGAUGCCGUUCUUCUGAAAGCGUUUUAAGGGGCUUAAGAGACUCUUGAACUCGCGUUCUUGUGCCGUAUCAUUUCAAUUUCUUGUCACGCCGCACGAUUUGUCAAAACGUUUGACUGGGCCGAAAGGGGGGUUCGGGUCACUCCGCUCACUCAGACUGCUGCCACAUGCGCAGUUGUUAAUGAAAAGCCAGCUUGACUUCCUGGGGCCGCCGUUAAUUAUUCAUCUUCUGGGUCUGAUGUGCUCCCACAACGUGAUUUUCAAAGCGUGAUUAGCUUACCGUGCCACGGGACGCAGCCUCUCUGAACGCCUGCAGGUGAGAGGCAUCACCGGAGAUGGAGAGAGAGAGCUGGUAGACGAAUUUGUGCUGAUGAACUGUGGGUGUGGAUUCAUGCCAAAGAGGCACGGAAGGUCAAUGAGUUUACUAAUAAAUGGGUGAUAUGUUAGGUUUUUAGUGCUGUCAAGUGAUUAUGCACACGCAUAUUAUUUUUACAUAUGUGUGUGUGUGUGUGUAUACACACGUACAUGCAUGCAUGCAUAUGUUUCAGGAAAAUAUGUUA